AUGAGCGAUUCCCGGCGUGCUGAGCAUGUUGAAUCUUUUGAAUACAUCUGGAACAGCGUCAAAGAGAACCACUGGGACCCUGACCUCAACGGCGUGGACUGGGACCAAGCACGCGCCGAUCUGCUUCCCAAAGUCGAAAACGCUCAGAACGACGACGAAGCACGCAUCGCGAUGAAUCAGCUCCUCGAACGGCUCGAGCAGUCCCACUUCGGGAUCAUCCCGAGCAGCGCCUACACACAACUCGAAGAGGAAUCCGCUGAGAUUGUUGAUGACCAAGCGGAAUCAACAGAUGAUUCCGAUGACACUGACGAAUACACCGGAGAGUCAGGUCCAGGACAAGCGGGGAUGAACAUUCGUCUGAUCGACGAUCAGUUCCUCGUGACCAAAGUGAAGCCCGGCUCCGCUGCGGAUCGUGCAGGUGUGAAAACCGGCUGGAUCGUUGAAUCCAUUAAAGGACGCGAGAUGCAGUCGCUCGUCAAAGUCGUCAAUGAAAUGGGCGGCAUCAAUCGACCAGAAACCCAAGCCGGACUGAUCGCGUACUCACGCAUCCAAGGCGAAGCAGGCGACAAGAUCCGUAUGACCUUCAGUGACGACCUGGAUGAGACACGAGAGGUCACCAUCACACUCGACAAAGCGCCAGGAGAGAUGGCAGGGAUCGGCGCACUCCCUGAGAAUCCGAUCGAGUUUGAAACAGCAACACUCAGCAACGGCGUGGGCUACUACCGACUCAACAUGUUCAUGAAUCCAGGCAAGGUCCUCCCGGCGUACCAGCAGUUCGUCAAGGACCACAUGGAUGCGCCAGGGAUCAUCAUCGAUAUGCGAGGCAACUUCGGAGGCAUCAUCCUCAUGGCGCCCGGGAUGAUCAACUGGCUCAUUGACGAGAAGGGUCUCACGAUGGGCACCAUGCGGAUGCGUGACCAGGUCCGUGGUCCAUUUGAUAUCCCCCUUAUUCUCAAUCCAAGAAAGAACAACUUCAAAGGGAAAGUCGCCGUGCUCACCGAUGAAAUGAGUAUCUCCAAUGCCGAGAUCCUCGCGGCGGGACUCAAAGACAUCGGACGCGCCAAGGUCUUCGGACAGCGCACUGCUGGACUCGUCCUCCCAUCCACUGUCGAGCGCCUCCCCAACGGCGACGGCUUCCAAUACGCGUUCGCGUCCUACACCACAGGAGGGGGCUACACCCUUGAAGGUGUGGGUGCCAUUCCUGAUUACGAGAUCCAAUACACGCGUCAGGCGCUGCUAAACGGUCCUGAGCAUGCACACGCUGAGAAGGCUGAGAAGCCGAGCAUGGACGCGAAAGCGAAGAAGAUCUGGGAUCGCUCAGUCGAAGUGACCAUGAGCGAGAACGCCGAGGACGAAUGGGUCGAAUCGAUCCGUCUCGAAGGCACAAUGAGCAUCCCAGCACAGAGCAUCACCGCAACGAUGAAUGUGCUCAUCGCUCCAAAGCGUGGAUUCCGCGCCCUAGUUGAACUCCCAGGAAUGGGUGCUUUCGAAUCCGGCGUCUCAGACGAUGUCGCAUGGUCCAACGACAUGAUGAGCGGUCCACGCAUCCUCGAAGGCGAAGAAGCAAAGCAGAUGUUCCGCGAGAUGGAUCUCUACGCUGACCUCCACUGGGAUCAGUACUACCAGAGCGUCAGCUAUGUUGGCGAGGAAUCUGUUACCUUCCCAGACGGAACCGAAGUCAAAGCACACAAACUCGAACUCGUUGAUAUCGAAGACGGCGAAGUCUCAAGCCGCUGGUACAGCGACGAGUCGGGAUACCUCGUCAAAUCAGAAACCACUACGGCUGGUCCAGGAGGCAUGAAGAUGCCCGCAACCACCUACACCCUCGACUAUCGCGAAGUGAACGGGAUCAUGAUGCCGUACAAAACAGUAUCCAGCUCCGGACCAAUCCAGCAGGUCAUGGAGUUCACAAGCAUCGAAGUCAACGGCGAAGUCAGCGAUGAAGACCUCGCGCUCCCAGAAGACAUCAAAGAACUCAUUGACGGCUGA